AUCAUCACGAACUUUUUUUCCUAGAUUCUUCAGCUCUCGUUUGUAUCGAGAGCGUUUGGGUCUAGACGACAACUUCCUUCAGUUUCAUUCACCGCCUGCAGCCUUCUCCCCCGAGAAGCCUGUCUUUUUUCUCCGCGCUUCCACCCCGCCGAAUUUUUCUUCUAUUUCUAGGUCGAGCUGUGCUUGAUCUAGAUUUCUUCUUCGACAACCGCAAUCAUGGCUGACAAAGGACUUGAGGAUGUCCCCGAGGGACAGAUCGAGUCUAACUACGACGAGACUGUCGACUCCUUUGAUGACAUGAACCUCAAGUCUGAACUCCUCCGUGGUGUUUACGCCUACGGUUUCGAGCGUCCCUCUGCUAUCCAGCAGCGCGCCAUCAUGCCCGUUAUCAAGGGCCACGAUGUCAUUGCCCAGGCCCAGUCCGGUACUGGCAAGACUGCCACCUUCUCCAUCUCCGUCCUGCAGAAGAUCGACCCCUCUGUCAAGCAGUGCCAGGCCCUCAUCCUCGCCCCCACCCGUGAGCUGGCCCAGCAGAUCCAGAAGGUCGUUGUCGCUAUUGGCGACUUCAUGAACGUUGAGUGCCACGCCUGCAUUGGUGGCACCAGCGUCCGUGAGGACAUGAAGGCUCUUCAGGACGGCCCCCAGGUCGUUGUCGGCACCCCCGGCCGUGUCCACGACAUGAUCCAGCGUCGCUUCCUCAAGACCGAUGCUAUGAAGAUGUUCGUCCUCGACGAGGCCGACGAGAUGCUUUCUCGUGGUUUCACCGACCAAAUCUACGACAUCUUCCAGCUCCUUCCCCAGUCCACCCAGGUCGUCCUUCUCUCGGCUACCAUGCCCCAGGACGUCCUCGAGGUCACCACCCGAUUCAUGCGUGACCCCGUCCGUAUCCUCGUCAAGAAGGACGAGCUUACCCUGGAGGGUAUCAAGCAGUUCUACAUUGCCGUCGAGAAGGAGGAGUGGAAGCUCGACACCCUGUCCGAUCUCUACGAGACCGUCACCAUCACCCAGGCUGUCAUCUUCUGCAACACCCGCAGAAAGGUCGACUGGCUGACCGACAAGCUGACUGCCCGUGACUUCACCGUCUCCGCCAUGCACGGUGACAUGGACCAGGCUCAGCGUGACCUGAUCAUGAAAGAGUUCCGAUCCGGCUCCUCCCGUGUCCUGAUCGCCACUGACCUGCUGGCCCGUGGUAUCGAUGUCCAGCAGGUUUCCCUGGUCAUCAACUACGAUCUCCCCGCCAACCGGGAGAACUACAUCCACCGUAUCGGUCGUGGUGGUCGUUUCGGCCGAAAGGGUGUUGCCAUCAACUUCGUCACCGCCGACGACGUCCGCAUGAUGCGUGAGAUCGAGCAGUUCUACAGCACCCAGAUCGAGGAAAUGCCCAUGAACGUUGCCGACCUCAUCUAAACAAACAGACAUCGCCACCGGAUUACUAAGUUUUCACUCGCUUCGGGCUAUACCAUCUGUUUUCGAUAUCACGGGUAGCUCUGUUUCACGAUAGGAGGACACAUACGUGGGGAAGGGAGAGUGGGGCCAUCGUUGCAAGAAAAAAGAAGAACGGCGACAUCUUUCCGACGGUAGCUCUUGAUAGAUUGUGAACGUUGAUAGAGGAGUGAAGGGGGGACACCCAGGGACCGCGAUUCGAGAAAUCUCCGAUAUUUUCGAAGGGGGUUAACCGACCUUUACCAAGGGGAGGGAAAGAAAAAAGGGGGGGCAGAUUCCGUGACUGCGUGACGAAAGGCUCAGGAAGUCCUUUGCACCUUAAUGACAUGAAGGUGCGGCGGGCAACCAAAAGUAAUGCAAUGAUCACUUUUUUUUUCAAA